AUGAUAAGAAGCUGUAGAGCGGUGAGCAGCCUGACGCUGAAAAGGUGGCUGUUCGUGGGUUCCCCCCCCGCGUGUAAUAAAGGGCAUACUUGCGCAAUGGCAAACUGGAUUGGAACAAACCGCACUGUAGCAAACCAAAGAGAAGACCGCCAAGACGCUGAAAUUGAACCAAAGCUGAGCAAACAUUUUCGGGAAGUGUUCCAUGAUGGGUCGGAAAAGAACUUCGAAUGUCAUCCAUUUAACAGAAGAUUUGCCUACAGCAAGAAGAGCUUCUUCCCCAUCGAGCCCCGAAACCUUCGUACCUUGGGUGUGAACAGACAGAGGAAGAAAAAAAGAGGAAGAGGUGAUAAGUGUCCAGGAAAAGGGAUUAGAGAAAAACACAAGCAUAGGAAGUCAGGCAGACCAAACAGUCGUACAUUUGAAAGUGGACGAACUCCCUUAUACAGGCGGUUGCCAAAGUGGCCCGAGGCAUGGCUAAGUAGGCAAAAAAAAAACUAUGACUGCCUUAACCUUUCCAAGCUGAGGUACUUCAUUGAAAAGGGAAGACUGGACGUGCGGUUCCCAAUUACGCAGAGACAUUUGCACGACUCCAAGUGCGUAAAAGUGAAAAAUGGAGUGAAGCUAUUCAACGUGAAUGACUAUCCUUUCCCAUACAAGAUUGACAUAGAAGUGGCCAAUGCGGAUCAGUCCUCCAUCGAUGUGAUUAAAAAAGUCGGAGGAACUGUAACCAUUGUCUACAUGGAAAGGAUAAAUCUCAGGGCCCACGUUAAGCCCUACAAAUUUGAAGUUCUCCCCAGAACGGCUAGACCCAAUCUCGAUAUGAUCCAUUUUUUGGAAAAAAUGAGAAGUAGGGGGUGCCUCGUUAAGUAUAUAAAACCCUUGUGGUUAAUUGAGGAAGAGAAGAGGAUCAUCAAUGAACUCACCGAGGCGGAGGAGAGCUCCAAGCUGUGCCCCGAGGGAACGGACUCUUGGGGGGACGCGGAAGACGAGGAGAAGCGCCGUGACAGGUUGCUCCGUGGUUAUCGACUACAGAACACGAACGUCGACGGGGGUAGCCGUUAG